UAUACUCGUAUCCCGUCUUUGCAUGCUCAUAUGGACUGACUGUUGAGUAAUCUGAUCCCAAUCCUUUACUCACUACCAUACUAGCCGGCCUGCGACCAGCAAUCAUAUUGACUCAGUAACGACCAGAAAGCCACUUGUCCACCAGUAACUGUCACUGGAGAUUAGAUAAGACAAACAGAGAUCGAUACAGGUUGGACAACGGUAAGUUUCCUCGUGGCCUUAUGAUUUCGUAAUUGGUCUCAGUUCAGUGGUUAAAGCCUGGGGGAACAUAUUAUUCAUAAUGAUCCCAAUAAAUAAAUAGGCCCUUUCAGGACAGCCUAGACUGGUUUUCCUUAUUUUUAGCGAACUUAAAUUUCUCACUCUUCAGUUUAUUGCGUUUUCAGUGUUGGAAACUGAAAGUUAGUUCAGAAUUGUCGGAAACGAGUGAGGAUCGAAGAGGCAAGCAGCAAUUUUUUUUGAAUAUUCACUUCGCAAAAACAGUCAUAAACAUUUCAAGCUAUUCGGGAUUCUACUUUUAUAUCUAGGCAAAAAUGUUUUUCAACGUACAAUCUGAUUACAGACGGAAGUGACAGCUAAUCCAGCGAUCAUAAGGACUGGGUUCGAUAGAAUCAUUUAAAUUCUGCUGAUCAUUUGCUUUCUAUCGAGUGACCAGUGUCUGGAAGGCUAUUCUCGGGAUAAAUUACUGUGCGGGAUUCGGGAAAACGCGAAAUCUCUUAACGGCAUACGGGAUUUGACUGCUACCCGGGAAGCGGGACUCACAGGAUGCGGUAUUGGGAAACAAAAUGGUAUCAUGUGGAUGUUCGGGAUCCGGGAUUCUCGCAAAGAAGCGGCCCCUCCUUCAUACCCUGAGUGACAAGUGUCCAGCCAAAUCAAUUAGUCUAAUUUCCAGCAUUUUAUGAUGGCAAAAGAGGAUAAACCUCCUGAGCUUUAUCCUCUCUUGAUGAUGGUCAAUGAUAGGCUAGAGCUGUUUAUCGCUAUUUAGCGGUUUGUACAGCGUCACGAGCCACUCAAAGUUUGUAAUGUUCUUUUUGUAGAUUUUCAACAUGAGAAGUGGAAUACUGGUCGUGUUGGACAUGGUUCUGUUAGCGUCAGCUUUGAAAACGGAAUCACCUCAGUGUCACGUGGAGACCAAUGGCUGUAGUAUACCCAAAGGCGUUCCCAGACCAUUUGUGGAGACAUUCACCCCUGCUUGCAACAGACAUGAUGUCUGCUACCGUUGUGUAAGUGUGAUAUCCAGCCUCUUCCCCAGGACGCUUUUCCCUGGAUGUGAGGCGGGAAAAGGCCCUGGCAUCGGUCGGCCAAUCCGUCAUUUUGAUUGGUUGAUUGAUUUAGGUAAUUCAAAGCCAGGGGAAAGAGCCCUAGGGACAAGGUUGUGUGAUAUAUUACUUUGGUACAUUACUCAGGUGUUCAUACAUGAUAUAGAGAUUUCAACGGGGGGAAAAUUACAUCAAUCUGUUUCUCCACCGAUAUUGUGACCUGCUUUUAAAAUAAAAAGGAGCUGUGUCGCAAAAUUUAUGAAAUUCAACCAGUAGGAUUUUUUGGUGGGAGUGUGCCUCCCGGUUCUCCAAAUCCUAACCCUAUUUCGGAUAAAAAAAAAAGUCAUUUUUCACACCCACCCAUUCUCAGACCCAGUCUUUAAGAUUAUAGGAAAUUAUAUCAUCAUUAGAUUACAACAGCAACAAAAAGGAUUUCGUCAAAUCGAUUUCGAAUAAUUCGGAUAUUUCUCUUUCUUUCUUAAAUUCAUUUGGAAUUGAAGCGAUAAAUACGUUCAUACGCUCCCGUAUGUCUGGAACCGGGUAUGAUUUUCGAGGGAACUGGUCUGAGUCACGGCCGUGAGACUGUACCGGUUACACUACGAGCCUCAGCGCUCCGGAAGUUAAAAAAUUCGUACCGUCUGGUUGCUAUGAAGUGACGUAAUCAUCCCGUUGAGUAUCCAUCAUCGUAACACUUUUGCGGUCAACUACCGCAGCGCUCGUAAAGUACUUUAAUUAAAACCGUGGGUUAAAACCCUGUAGGAAGUCUGUUUAUUUUUGAGUCGAUUAAUGCACUGCUGACUUCCACGAGGUCAACUUUUGCAUAAAUUAUCAAACAUUAUGUUAAGCGGGAAAUCUACCUAUGGUUCGCGGGAGAAGCAACUUCUAUAGCGGCGCAAGACAAAUGUUUCGAGAGUCGAGGAUGUGCUCACAAACUAUUCACUAUGCGACGAAAGGAGAUAUCACUGGCAUGAUACCUGCAUGUAAUGGUAAUUUUUAUCAAUCCAGGUCGCGCCGUGUUCGCUCGAGAACGCUGUGACAACUUCGUUUGGCGCGCUUCUCAAUACUUCCAAAACAUGUUGUAAUCGGUAAGUAGACUUAAGCACUUAGUAUCGCCAAGCCAUUCGAAUCAGUGUAUACCCAAUUCUUUGUCUGAAGAUUCGCACAAACAGAUGUACCAAGUACAUCUGGAUGGAAGAGGAAAUUGUCUCCCUAAACGCAGCCAGGUUAUAUUUUGAAGGAUGGCGGCACAAUUCAACGCGUCUUCCAGGUCAGCCCUAAUUUAUAGUUCGUAAGAGUAUAAAUUGCGAUCUCCCUAUUUUCGCUUAAGCUUUCUUUGAUAAAACUUCAGUAGAAACAAAACAACGCAGACAUGACAUUCUCCUGCAUGAGACACAAUCGGCUGAAGGAAAUAUCUGUUUACAAGUCGGGUAAAUUAUCCAUUCUUGCGCACCGCAAAAUCAGCUAAAAUCAGUCGCUGGAAACCUGGCAUAUUAUUAAGCCUGAGCGCUUCUAAGAAUAACACGUUUAGAACUUCGACAGGUAGAAGACAAAGGCAGUUGUUCUAUAUCCUUUCUGGUUCAUCCAGGUAGAAGUCGUGGGAUUUUAUUAUGCCUGAGCGCUUCUAGGAUAUAUAACACGUUUAGCAUUUCAACCCGUAGCCGUAAAAAAAAUUUAGGUAGUUGUUCUAUAUCCUUUCUGGUUCAUCCAGGUAGAAGUCCUGGCAUGAUAUCAUUAUGCCUGAGCGCUUCUAGGAUAUAUAACACGUUUAGCAUUUCAACCCGUAGCCGUUAAAAAAAAUUUAGGCAGUUGUACUAUAUCCUUUCUGGUUCAUCCAGGUAGAAGUCCUGGCAUAUUAUUAUGCCUGAGCGCUUCUAGGAUAUAUAACACGUUUAGCAUUUCGACCCGUAGCCGUAAAAAACAAUUAGGCAGUUGUUCUAUAUCCUUUCUGGUUCAUCCAGGUAGAAGUCCUGGCAUGAUAUCAUUAUGCCUGAGCGCUUCUAGGAUAUAUAACACGUUUAGGAUUUCGACCCGUAGCCGUUAAAAAAAAUUUAGGCAGUUGUUCUAUAUCCUUUCUGGUUCAUCCAGGUAGAAGUCCUGGCAUGAUAUCAUUAUGCCUGAGCGCUUCUAGGAUAUAUAACACGUUUAGCAUUUCAACCCAUAGCCGUUAAAAAAAAUUUAGGCAGUUGUUCUAUAUCCUUUCUGGUUCAUCCAGGUAGAAGUCCUGGCAUAUUAUUAUGCCUGAGCGCUUCUAGGAUAUAUAACACGUUUAGCAUUUCAACCCGUAGCCGUAAAAAACAAUUAGGUAGUUGUUCUAUAUCCUUUCUGGUUCACCCAGGUAGAAGUCCUGGCAUGAUAUCAUUAUGCCUGAGCGCUUCUAGGAUAUAUAACACGUUUAGCAUUUCGACCCGUAGCCGUAAAAAAAAAUUUAGGCAGUUGUUCUAUAUCCUUUCUGGUUCAUCCAGGUAGAAGUCCUGGCAUGAUAUCAUUAUGCCUGAGCGCUUCUAGGAUAUAUAACACGUUUAUCAUUUCGACCCGUAGCCGUAAAAAACAAUUAGGCAGUUGUUCUAUAUCCUUUCUGGUUCAUCCAGGUAGAAGUCCUGGCAUGAUACAUUAUGCCUGAGCGCUUCUAGGAUAUAUAACACGUUUAGCAUUUCGACCCGUAGCCGUAAAAAAAAAUUUAGGCAGUUGUUCUAUAUCCUUUCUGGUUCAUCCAGGUAGAAGUCCUGGCAUGAUAUCAUUAUGCCUGAGCGCUUCUAGGAUAUAUAACACGUUUAGCAUUUCAACCCGUAGCCGUAAAAAACAAUUAGGCAGUUGUUCUAUAUCCUUUCUGGUUCAUCCAGGUAGAAGUCCUGGCAUGAUAUCAUUAUUCCUGAGCGCUUCUAGGAUAUAUAACACGUUUAGCAUUUCAACCCGUAGCCGUAAAAAACAAUUAGGUAGUUGUUCUAUAUCCUUUCUGGUUCAUCCAGGUAGAAGUCCUGGCAUGAUAUCAUUAUUCCUGAGCGCUUCUAGGAUAUAUAACACGUUUAGCAUUUCAACCCGUAGCCGUAAAAAACAAUUAGGUAGUUGUUCUAUAUCCUUUCUGGUUCAUCCAGGUAGAAGUCCUGGCAUCAGUGUUAUUAUUAUGCCUGAGCGCUUCUAGGAUAUAUAACACGUUUAACAUUUCAACCCGUAAACGAAAAAAAAAAUUAGGCAGUUGUUCUAUAUCCUUUCUGGUUCAUCCAGGUAGAAGUCCUGGCAUAUUAUUAUGCCUGAGCGCUUCUGGGAUAUAUAGUAGCAGUUUGACCCGUAGAAAAACCAAACUCAGCCGUUCAUUUUGUAGGAGAUAUUUAAGCGUUUUUGUCUGUGUUAGCAAUGUGAUCGACUUUAUACGCAGACCUUAAUAAUAUGUUUUUUUCUUUGACGGCACUGAAUAAUUUUAGCCGAAACUUGAGCCGUACAUUUGUUUAAUGCCGCGCUUUAAUUAAAUUUCUCGCCCUAGAAUGAUGACAUGAUGGCGCGAAAAUUGACGCCUCUAUCGUAUUAGAUGCGAAAUAUGAUCAGAGAUAAAUGGAAUAGUGAAUGUUACAAGCUUCUGAGUAUCCAGCUGAGAUAGGGGACUUUUAGUCCCCUAUCUCAGCUUGAUAAACAAAAUUUUUUUGGUUGCUAAGACGGUGCGGCUCGUUAUGUUCCGACGAAAUCAAGAUCUUAGAGAUCUUGUUUUUGACCGCGGGAAGAAUUAAGGAUUCGCAAAAACUGAGCACAAUG